CAUGUUCUCUUAGUGGAACAUGAAGGUCAGACUGAGAUCUGGCAGAGAGAACUCAGACAAAGACCCCAGAUUUCUGGAAUAAUGCUUUUUUUAGAAGUGUAAAGCAGAAUUAUUUGGACACCAGAACAGAAGACACACGUUGGAUAAACCAAUUACAGGAUCCCGUGAAAAAACCCUUACAUAAGCUGUGAAGCAUGGAGGUGGAAGUGUCAUGGUUUGGUGAUGAUUUACUCCAGUCACACCUGGUUAGCUCACCACCAGAGAAGCAACCAUAACUUCCCUCAACCAUGUUAGAGGGAAGUUAAGGAAAAUAUGAGACCAUCUAUAAAGCAAACUAAAAGCUGGAGCACGACUGGACCCUGGAAAAUAAUACUGGGAAUAAUUUAAAUGGAAAAACUCUCAAACUGUUUGACAGUUCAAACAUGCUUUUAAUCAGAGUUAAAACAAAUGAAAUAAAUGGGUAGCCACCACCAGAUUCAGAUUUUCUUCUUCUUACUGUUUAAUUAAUGUGGCUUUGUUUCUGUACCAUUUAAUUAUUCUUAUUUUAAUAUUUAGAAAAGAUAACUUAUAUUUACUUAUUUUCAAGUGUAAAAAUCUCAGGGUUCUGCCAGGCUCAGACACUUCAGGAGCAAUAUCUGAAUUUCAACUUGCCAAUAAGGAUUUUUUGUCCUGAUUUAUGUAAUAAUAAUAAUAAUAAUAAUAAUAAUAAUAAUAAUAAUAAUAAUUGUUGUUGUUAUUACUAUUGUUAUUUUUUUAUUGUAAUAAUCGUCACAAUCAUAAUUAUAUGAUUCAUAUCAUUAUAGCAUGAAUAAUUAUCUUUUAUGCCAUAAUUAAAACAAAACUUUGUGAAUCCGGUCCGUGGGUUGCAGCUCCGGUCCGGGUUAUAUUCGCUACCGCUGCCGCGGAGGGUUAUGCUAGGCUAGUUCAAAACUCCUCCCGCUAAUACUUGCCUUCCAGCGAUUUCACCGCUGCCCUAAAUGUCGCCAUUCAUUCCCGCGGAGAGUUUUAUUUACCAGCGCACGCUGGUUUUAUAAAUAACUUUUUAUUUAGUGAUAUCUUCUGGAGAUACGGUAAACAGCAUCAAGGCCCCUAGUCAAAGCUAACUGUUAACCCCCAAAGCUAAAAUGGCGGACAACGAGGGUGACAGUGGAGCUAUUGGAACAAUAACAGUGGCGGAGCCACCGGGGACAGAGUCUGAGCCCGCCGUUCAGCCAGACCCGCAGCCCGUGGAGCCUUUAUCAGUCCCGCCUGCCGUCCAGAUCUUUCAGCCCGAGGAGAAAGGAUCGACUUUCCUCGUCGCCCAGUGCGAUCAGCCUGCAGAGGGUGCAGAGCACGGGUCCUGUGCGGAUGGCGGUCAGCCCCCGAGUGGAGUGGAAACCUGCCAGGUGGAGCAGCGCAUGGUGGUGGGCGCAGAGUUUACCGACCUGGCCAACACCACCAUCAUCUACGUGCAGCCGGACGGCAGCCUGGUGGAGGGCUCCGGGCUGACGGUGGAGGAGCAGCAAGCGGUGCUGCAGCAGCUCACCAAGCAGCAGAUCGUGCAGGUCUCCGACACCGAGGCCAUCCAGCUGCUCCAGCACAGCCAGUUGGUCAAACCGGCCCCGGUCCAAAAGACGGCUCUGGAUCCGAGUCAGCUGCAGCAGGUCAUUAAUCAGGUCACCAAGUCCCAGAACCAGGUCCAGGUGUCUCAGGAGAAUCUGCAGCAUGUGAAGGGUCAGCAGAAGCAGCUCCAGCUUUCCCCACAGAACCUGAAGAUCAGCCCUCAGAAUAAUGCUUCCACUCAGCUGAAAAGUGUGGCUCAACAGGUCGCUCUGCAGUCCAACACUUUAAUCCAGGCAGAACCAACGAGAAUCCAGAUCCAAGUUCCUCCCAAACAGGACCUGAAUUCUUGUGUGAGUCUGCAGCAGAAGACCGUGGCUAUCAGCCACCCGCAGGUGAAGCUGUCUGCCAGCGCCGGCCUGGGCAACGCGCAGAUCAUCCACCUGCAACCUGUGGUGGGUCAGCAGGGUCAGCAGAUCCUGCUGCAGCAGAACCCAGGAGAACCCCAGAUCCAGUUGGUGCUGCAGAACGCCACUCCUGUGGUGGGCUCUCUGCUCCCCUUGGUCCACAAGGUGACUGGUCCGGCAACCAUAGCAACUGCUUCCUCCAGUCUGGGACAGAAACCUGCCCUGCCUACCAUCAGAGUGGCAGCGGCCACCCCGGUUAAAGACCAUCCCCCUCCCAGCAGCAAGCCCCCUGCUGUUCCCGUCACUAAAACCAUCAGCAUUCCUCUGAUUAAGACGCAGCACAACGGGACGGAACCGACCGCCGCCGCUGCUGCUGCUGGGAAAGUCCCAGUUAAAGCGACCCCGGUCAUCCCCGCGGCUCCACGCCAACCCGCCGCCGUCGCCUCCAGGCUUCCCACGGCAACCUCAGCCUCUGUCGUCAAGGAAAGAGACAGAGAAAAAGAGGAGAAGAAGAAAGCAAAGAAAAGAGAGAGGAAAGCCCUGAAGGUCCAAACCCGAUCGGGUCGGGUGUCUAGGCCACCCAAGUACAAAGCUAAAGACUACAAGUUCAUCAAGACGGAGGACCUGGCGGAGAGCCACCAGUCCGACUCGGACGACUACUCCGACAUGAGCGUGGAGGAGGAGGAGAACGCCAAGCGGGACAGGCCGGGCUCCAGCAGCCCCUCGUCUCUCAGCUACAGCCUCAAGUCGCGCUGCCACCGCUGCCAGACCUGCGAUAAGGCCUACAUCGGCCCCGGUGGCCUGAACCGGCACUACAAGCUGAACCCCACCCACGGAGAGCCCGACCUCACCGGGGUCACAGCCAGCAGCGCCCCAGAACCCGGCCAGAGCAGAGCAGACCAGAAGGUAGAGGAGGCCGUCACUGAGGAGGAGGAGGACGAGGAGGAGGAAGAAGAGGAAGAAAAGCAAGAGGAGGAAGAGGAGGAGAAACCUGCUGCCAUGACAACAAACAGUGGAGACAACGGCCUGGCAGCUGAAGGACUCACCGGCCUCCAUUACCGGGGCCCGGGUCGCCCCAGAGGGCGAGGGAGAGGAAGAGGGCGAGGGAGGGGCAGAGGAAGAGGAAGAGGCAGGGGGCGAGGCCGAUCACUUGGACCUCCUCCUAAGGUGAGCAUUGGUCUCGUGGGCAGACCUGGUCGUCGCGGGCGACCCCCAAAGCUCGGGGUCAUUCCAGUAACGGCGCGGCAGCAGGCAGAGAGGAGACAGCAGCGGCUGCAGGAGCUGGUGGAGCAGUGUGAAGAUGAAGAGCUGAUGGAUGCUGUUCUUCCUCGUUUGACCAAAAUGUUAAGUCUGUGGGAGCUGCUGCUGGCGAAGCUGGACUCCAAGGGGUCGGCUUGUAGCUGCUUCCCAGACAUUUACCACGAGUUUGAAUCUCUGCAUGCUCAAGUCAGGCAGACUGCACAGGACUACAUCGUAAGUCCUCAGGGUGGAGCCAUGCCUGUGGAGGUCAGGAACAUUGAGGUGGCUAGGUCUCUAGGGAUCCUGGACGAGGUGAACAAGAUGAAAGUGCUUCCUGGAGCAUCGCCUGUCUCUAGUGGGAACAAUAAGAAUGUCCGGUACAUGGGGAACUCCAAGAUGUUGCCACCAUCUAAAAGAUUUAAGAUGGAAAACAGUAUUGCAGAUCACCAGAACGGCACAGAAGCGCCAAAAACAGCUGCUGCUCCAGUGGCCUCGGCCACCCAGGCAGCCUCUCUUGUCAAGUCGUGCUCCGUGUCUGUGUCUCCAUUGGAGAUUUCAGGUGGAGCCAAAGUGCUGAGCGCCUCUGCUGAACCUACCUCCAGCUCCUCCACCAUUGCCUCUCCUGACCCAACUCCCAGCCUGGUUGCACCUCCUGCUGGCCCCACACAGGAGCAGAAGGAGGGGCCACCGGACCAGGAACAGGAUGUACACAUGGCUGACGCCACGGUUCAGGACACAAACAUGGCCGACGCCGCUGUCCAGGACGCAAACAUGGCCAACGCCGCUAUCCAGGACGCAAACAUGGCUAACGCCACGGUCCAGGAAGUAAACGGGGCCGACGCCGCGGUCCAGGAAGUAAACGGGGCCGACGCCGCGGUCCAAGACGUAAACAGGGCCGACUUCACGGUCCAGGACGUAAACAGGGCCGACGCCACAGUCCAGGACGUAAACAGGGCCGACGCCACGGUCCAGAUGACCCAACCAGACUCUGCUCUCAGUCCUAGUGCCACCACCACCACAGACAGAAAGAGGGCGGAGCCUAGCCCCAACCCUGGCCCCGCCCCCAGCCCUGCCCACCCAGAGGCCUCCGCUCAGCCCCAGCCCUGUGACUCCUCCUCCCAGCCCAAAGAGCUGCAGGCGGGCCAGGAGAUCUACAUCCAGACGGAGGGGCUGACGGUGCAGCUGGCCGAGCCGGGGUCGGACGGGAUCGUUAUCGUCAACGGACCGGACGGAACCACCAUGCACAUCCAGACCCCAGAGGGGGUUCCCCUGGAGGCGGUGCAGGCCCUGCUGGGCAUUGAGGCUUCAGACGGGGACAGACCGGCCCAACAGACCCAGGACUGAGCGGAACCUCCUCAGAAAAGACUGUCAGGGAGUGAUGGACAGCUGAAAACUGCAGUGCCUCCCUUCAAACCCAGCUGAUAGGAGCCGACUGGCGCUUCUCUAUGAAUGUCAGAGUUUCAGAACAACACAGGGGGACAACGGUGCAAACCCCCAACUCCUGUAGGAAAAUGUCAAGGUCUUCAUCUCGCUGUGUUCAAAGAGCCAAGGUGAAGCUGCUAUAUAUAUAUAUAUAUAUAUGUAUGUAUGUAUAUAUAUAUAUUUGUGUGUAUAUAUAUAUAUAUAUAUAUAUACACACACAUAUAUAUAUGUUGUCAGCACAUUUUAUUUCUUCUACUCUUCUGUUGUUGGUCUUCGGUGCAGCUACUGCACGCCUCCACUUUAUGUUCAGAAAAGAUGAAAAAGGUUUGUUUGCUUGGUUUUGUCCUCUGACUCUGUUGCUGUCUGCAGUUCGGCUGAUGUUGCUUUUAUUUUUCUGGUUCUGAAAUAAAUUAUUUUUCAGAAAAAAAACAGCAUAAAAGUGAAUGGGCCAGAUUUUUGCAGACUUCACCCGCCACAGUAUACCUCUACAGGUUCAGUUUUUACACUAUGAGGAUUAUUCUCUAAACUAAUAAACUUACAGUAUUUACAUAAGAUGUGCAGAUAAACAAGUCCAAUUUUCCCCCAAAACCAGGAACUGUUUGGUUUUCUUCUCAUCCAUAUGUGGCGUUUUUUUUUUUUUUUUUUACUUCAUAACAAAUCUAUCUCAAGUGUUUGUCAGAACGUCUGAUGUUUGUUUCGAAAUGUACCGUUAAAUCUUAAAUUAUUCACACCCCCGGCAGAUUUAGAUUUAAAACUGCUCUCACUCAACAAAGAUGCUUGUUUCAGGGAAUGAGACGGGGCAGCUCUGAAACCAGGACAGAGCAAAGGGAACAUUUAUUUUGAGAUGUUGAAACAAAACGGAAUUGUUUUUAUUCACAUAUUAAAAUGUCAUGUUAAAACUGAAAACUCUUUUAGUUCUGUUAUUUUGAUGGUUUAUCCUUGAGACUCUCAGUCUGUCCGGAUCUGGCUGCUCGAAAACGUUGAUGUUCAGCAGAAACAUCUUGCUCAAAUUAAAAGCCUCCUUUAAAUCCAAGUGUACCAGGGGGAUGAAUAAUUGUGGCCUUAGCUGUACAUAUUCUUUUGUAAAUAGCAGCAGUUGUAACACAAAGUUGUUGGGAGUCAUUUUAAAGCGUUGCACUAAACAUCACUAUGGCAACCCCCACUCAGAAGAUGUACGUUGAACAAUCAGCAGCUUCUCCUCCCUGUUGUUUACAUGAACUCUGGGAAAACGGGAAAAGUCAGCCCAGGAGAAGACUGCAAAAACACAAAGCAAAUAUAAGAAAGUUUGUUUUGUUCUUUUAAUCUAGUUUCUAGUGCAAAUAUCUUAGUAGACCUGAAAUAAGACUAAGUUCGCUGAAACGUAACUUCUCAGAUGGAUAUAAGAGCUUGUUUUAAGUCCCUAAUUCCUUAAAAUUGAUAAAAGAAAAUCCUAGUUCUUAUGGCACAUUAUUUCACUUAUAAAAAGAUAUUUUUCAGAUCUUAAAGGUGAAACAAUCUGCAGGUGGAACCAUCACAUUUUAAAAAUCAAUAUUGAGAAACUGGUAACUUAAAGCGACGCCUAUAUCUUGUUGAAAAGUUAGUAAGUUAGUUUUGUCUUAUUUCAAGUGUACUAAGAUAUUUGCCCUAGAAACUCGACUAAAACUACUUGGCAACACUUUGUGUUUUUGCGGUGAAAGGAGGGGAAGUGGUGGGAGGGAAACUUGUCAUCCCACAUGAGGAAAUUUGUGUUUGGUCAACUAUUUCAUUGUACCAGUGGUUAUUGGCAAUAAAUCUUAUUCCCUUGAAAGCCUGUUUAUUUCCUCUUCAACGUUCCCACAUUGGGAAGGGAAAUGCAUUAAUGGGCUUCACACUAAAAAAAACUGCGGAAGAUUCUCUCUGCCAGGACCAAACGCCUCCCUUUGCCCCACACCAUCACACUGCCUCCACCAAAACGUGCUACAACUUCAGUAACACAUGCAUCAUAACCUCCACCACCAGCCCACAAAUGUGUUUUCCAGACGGAUGUGGGGAGGUUUAAGCAGAAUUAAACUCGCUUUUAGCGGUGUGCGAUUUUGUGCUGAGAACAUUUGUUACGAGGAGAGAAAAAAAA